CUUCCCAGCAGUCUCGUAAACGUGUGAUAGCCUCUUACAACGUCGGAAAGGGUUUUAAUACAAACACAGCAAACCGCGUAUUAAGUCUUCAUUUCAAUCGCCUCCGUCAUCCUCUUCUCUCUUGCUAGGAAAGAUAGAACGAACAUCAUGGCCCUCUCUCAACACGUAGACGCCGACAAGCUCAUUGAAGAGUGCAAAGACCACCCUAUCAAGAGGCACCUUAGUCAUAAGGCUGCUCUUUAUGAUAUUCCCUACACUUCCCGCUACGAAGUUGAGGACGAGGUUCCGAGAUACAGGCUCCCCAGUAAGGGUGUCAAUGGCAGGGCUACAUACCAGCUCUUACACGAUGAGCUGAUGCUUGAUGGGAACCCCAACAUGAAUUUGGCUUCAUUUGUUCACACUUGGGUUCCUGAUGAGUGCAACCGUCUUGUCCAGGAAAACAUCAAUAAGAAUCUGGUCGACCAGGACGAAUACCCUGCUGCUCAACAGAUUCACGAGCGAUGUAUCUCAAUGCUCUCUCACCUCUGGCACGCUCCCAAAGAAGCCACGGCUAUGGGCACCGCUACUACCGGUUCCUCUGAAGCCAUCAUGCUUGGCGGUCUCGCUCUCAAGCGCCGAUGGCAGGAAAAGAUGAAAGCCGCUGGGAAAGAUAUCCACAACCCCGGACCUAACAUCGUUAUGGGUGCAGAGGCUCAAGUAGCUUUGGAGAAGUUUGCUAGAUACUUUGAGGUUGAGGCGAGACUUGUGCCUAUUAAGCCUGAGUCGAGUUAUGUAAUGGACCCCAAGGACGUCCUCAAAUACGUCGAUGAGAACACAAUUGGUGUCUUUGUUAUCUUGGGAUCAACUUACACCGGCGCGUUUGAAUCCGUAAAAGACGUGGCUCAAGAGCUCGACAAAUACGAGGCCGAGACAGGUAUUAGUGUCCCUAUCCACGUUGAUGCCGCUUCUGGUGGUUUUGUUGCUCCAUUUGCAUACCCUCAUUACCAGUGGGACUUCCAAAUUCCUCGAGUCCAUAGUAUCAAUGCCUCGGGUCACAAGUACGGUAUGAGCACUGUGGGUGUCGGAUGGAUCAUCUGGAGGUCUAUGGAGUACCUUCCUAAGGAGUUGAUCUUUGAGCUUCACUAUCUCGGUGCUACCGAUUAUUCAUUUAAUCUCAAUUUCAGUAGACCGGCACACCCUAUCCUCGCCCAGAUGUUCACUUUCUUGAACCUCGGUUUCGAAGGUUACAAGCGUAUAAUGGACAAGAACCUCACCGUAGCUCGUCUCAUCUCCCGAGCCCUCGAGCACUCUGGCUACUUCAUUUGUCUCUCCAAGAUCCACCACCCCAAGGCUCUUACCGAAUCCUCCAGCAGCGCCGAACAAUCCAACAUCCUCCCUGCCGUCGCCGACGCCGCUAAUACCGUUUUGCACGGCAAGAAGACUACUGUUGACGAUGCCGAGUAUUAUUGCGAGGGUUUGCCCGUUGUGUCGUUUAUGUUUACGGACGAAAUUAAGAAGAAGUACCCUGGUGUGAAGCAGGCGUGGAUCCAGAUGCAGCUGAGGUCUAUCGGCUGGAUCGUCCCCAACUACCCUCUCGCUCCCGACUGCGAGAAAACUGAGAUCCUCCGAGUCGUCGUCCGAGAGUCCCUUUCUGGUGACUUGGCGAGGAAGCUCAUCCACGACAUUCUUCAGGUAACCGAAGAUCUCCUAAAUGACGCUGGACCUUCAUACUCCAUGUCUACUGCUACCAGGCGUCACGAGAAUUUGGACCACGGCAAGCUGGAUAAUAUUGAUGCUGUCCACAUCAAGCAACACACUUCCACCUAUUCUAAGCCCUGUUAGAGAAACCUUGUUAGAGUAUGUUAAUGAAGAAGUAGUCCGGUGGAUGGGAGAAGAUCUUGUACAGAGAAAGCGUAACAAAUGACUUUUUACUCGGCUUUUUGCGAUUAGUCUGGUUUGGAUAUGCAAAAAUUGGAGCGUUAU